AUGCAACAACACCGUGUGUGUCUGCGGCUUCCGAAGAGAACGAAAAGCUGCAUUCGUGGUGGUGAGCUGAUUCUCCGCCUAUCAUCGUUCCCAUUUAUGCUCAUCUCUGUAUCGUAUACGAAAAUCUUCUACACGGUAUCGAAUCAUCGAAGUCUCGCCGUUGAUGCUCAUAUUCGAGAUGAACGAAUCAAGCUUCGUGUGGCGACGAUGAUGUUGACUGUCAUCGUGGUGUUCGCAUUGUGUUGGCUGCCCUUAUACGCACCUUCUUCUAGGUCUCGAGUUUCGUUAUUUUUAUUAGAACUAGUCUUAUGGGAUCACCACAAACCAUUAAUGUCCACAAGGACGCGCCGACGCGCAAAGCAAUUUGAUAAUGCCAUAGGGGCAAAAAGCGGCUCCAAGGCG